CCACCUCUAUCCCCCGACGAGCUCAAGAUCAAAAAGGAGGAAUCUCUCGUAAGUUAUCUGUCCCAGUAUAUAUUCCUUCUCAGUCGGCCAUUGCGAUCCGUCAUUCCCUUUGUCAUCUUCAUCUCAAACCCCUUCCGGUGUCGUCCCGCGUCGUCCCGCGUCGUCAGAUUCUCUUCGUACGACCUUAUACCGCCAUGACCCAGAUUGGACCUAGCCUCCACAGUGACCUCUUCGAGCCUCCCCCCCACCGGAGACUGUCUGAUGCCUCUGUCGGUUCCAUGGUGCUAAUUGAGCUCUCCACCGGCGUCAAGGCCCGCGAGAUAGCAUGGAUCCUCGAAGAUACUCGCGAGGUGAUCCACAACCUCAAGAAUGGCCUCGAUGAAUGCUACGCCCUCCUAGCCCCAAUCGACCCGGGGGUCACCCUGGCCGUCAGCUCUCAGCAUGACGAGAAGGUCAAGGGAGUCAUGACUCGGCUUGGAACCCGCAUCGUCAAGGCCAGAAUCGCCCUCCGGCUCCAAACCCUUCCACACCAGACCCUCUCCCUCGACCCCGCCCACCCCAUCCACGUCCCCGCCCUCGAAGCCAUCCAAACCUACCUCAACGAAUCCAUCAACCUCCUCUCCCUGAGCCUCGACCACCCCUCCCCCUCCCCCCGUCCCCUCGCCGACCACCUCCGCGUCCUGUCCACAACCCUCGCCUCCGCCUCCUUCCUCCUCGGCGGGCCCAACGACCCCAUGCUCCUCGCCCACCCCAAACCCAGACCCGACAUCGACCCCAUCAUCUUCUCCUCCUGGCUCUCCGAGUCCUGCCCGCCCGUCCACUUCCGCCCCGCCCUACCCCCGUCCCUCUCCGUCCACCUCGCCCUCGACAACCGCGCCCUCGUCCUCGCCCUCCGCGCCCUCGCCCCCGCCGACGCCCCCGUCAACCUCGGCACCAAGCUCGGCCUCGCCCUCGGCGUCGUCCGGCCCCUCGAGCACGACGAGAUGAACCUCCUCUGCCGCUUCAGCUACAGCCGCUUCACCGACAGCGGCGGCGGGAAACACGUCCACCCCGCCGACGGCGUCAUCCGCCGCCCGAUGGCCCAGGGGGAGUCCCCUCCAGCGGCUGCUGCUACUGCUGCCGCUGCCGUCGGUGCUGCUGCUGCUGCUGUCGGUGGUGGUGCUGGUGGCGCUGCUGCUGCUGCUGCUGCCGCCGCCGCGUCUUCCACUCGCGGCCAUGGCCACGGCCACGUCGAUGAGCGACAGCAACGCGACGUCUUCGUGAGGGAAAAAGUCACCAUCCGCGUGGAGGAUGCGAGCCUGCAUAUCCUCUGGGCCAAGCUCGCCGCUCUACGUAGGACAUUGGCCCGCGCUAGGGAGAACCUGGCCGCCGUCAUGGGGGAGGAACUGCACGGUCGUGAGGCUUGGGGGGAGGUGUAGUUACAAAUCGCGGCACUGCCGUGGAGGAUGCAUGUACGAGUGCUGCUACCUUUUUCGGGUAAGACAAGCAAAAAUAACAAUAGAUACCCUACCGAUUUGGAAUUUAAAAUAUGAGAACAUUUUGAGAUUAGACAUGGAUAUCCCCGUGGAUACAGUUUCCGG